CCGGCGCCUCCGCCAAGGGUGACUUGCAAAUAAUUGCGGUAAAUAUCCCGAUCGGUAGUUAGUCAAAUUUUUGGCCGUUUUCUUCGAUUCGUCCUUGACAUUUUCGAUGAGGAUCGGCACUUUUUCGCCAACCGUCCAUCUUCCUCGCGUAUAAAAAGAACCUCCGCUCAGAGCAGACCAUCAAAUCUUCUGUCACUUUCGUGUUCAGUGCUUCAACAAUCCUCAAAACACAAUCACCAUGUUCAAGCUGUUGGCUGUCCUUUGCUCCCUUCUGGUUGCGGCUUUUGCUGCUUACAUUCCGGCCGCCCCGGCCUACUACGGCGCCUACCCUUACGCCGCCCCCGUGGCUCCGGUCGCCUACCGCUACCCGGCGCCCGUCUACCAUGCCCCCAUCGCCGCCCCCGCCUACGUACCCCCAGUCCGCUACGCCCCCUACCCCGCCGUCCCAGCCGUCAGCUACGUGGCCCACAAGUGAAUUGAUACACUCUAAUGAACCAACGCUGGCUGCCUUUAUGUUUCAUGUCAUCACACCCUAGUUACCAUGGUCUCAGCUUUUGAAGACCAUCAUAAAAUAAUUCAUCUUUCGCGCCAAUAUCCAAUUUGUAAAAAUUCAUAAUGCAUCAAAUACAUUUUCAUCUCCUGACCAAAUCA